CGAUGAUUUUUUUGAUUUGUUUACGUUUACGAAAUUUCGCAGAAUAAAAUAAUAAACAUAUAUAUGUGAUGAAUCUUUUUAUCAUAGAUACAAAAAGACAAUGACGAAUUCAGAAAAUGACCAUAAUCAUUUGUAUAGGAACAAAAUGAUCCUUGGCCCAAUGGUACGAAUUGGAACGCUACCAAUGCGUAUAUUAGCACUUCAAUAUGGGGCCGAUCUUGUUUAUACAGAUGAAAUUAUCGAUUUUAAAUUGAUAAAAUCGAAACGUUAUGUAAAUGAUGCUUUAGGAACUAUUGAUUUCGUUGAUGAUGAUGGUGUUGUCGUAUUUCGAACUUGUUCAUUGGAAAAAGACAGAGUUAUAUUGCAAAUUGGAACAAACGAUCCUGAUCGAGCUGUCAUCGCGGCACAAAUGGUUGAAGAUGACGUUGCCGGUAUCGAUAUUAAUAUGGGUUGUCCCAAAUCCUUUUCAAUUAAAGGUGGUAUGGGGGCUGCAUUAUUGAAGAAACCAGAUUUGGUUCAAAACAUAAUUCGAUCAUUGAAAGCGAAAAUUCGAAAACCAAUCUCCUGUAAAAUUCGAGUAUUUGAUAGUCUUGAUUCUACAUUGAAUCUUUUGAAAUUGAUUGAAGAAGCUGGUGCCAAUGCAAUUGCCAUUCAUGGACGCACCAUUGAUGAACGACCCAGACAUCCAAAUCGUAAUGAUUAUAUACGUGCAGCCGCAUAUACAUUGAAUAUACCGGUGAUUGCCAACGGUGAUUCCUGUAGAAUCAACAAUUAUGAGGACAUGAAAAUUUUUCAGGAAAAAACUCGUGCAUCAUCUGUUAUGGUUUCACGAUCAGCCAUGAAGAAUUGUUCAAUAUUUAAUCCAUCCAAUAUGAUCAAAGAUGUUGAUGAUGUGAUAAAAGAAUAUCUUAAAUUAGCGAUUCGUUAUGAUAAUACAACUGGCAACACUAAAUAUUGUAUAUUACAAAUGUUGGGCAAUAUGCAAGAAUAUGGCAUUGGAAAACUUGUUGCCGGUGCUCGUGAUCUUAAAACUAUCAGUGAUAUAUAUGAAAUAAACGAUUAUUAUGAAAAUAUCUGCAAUAGUAGAAAUUUGUACAAACAGAUUUCUAUAAUUCCUACAUCAAUACAAGAUAAUGGUCAUGAGGAUAAAUCACCCAUUAACAACGAUAUGAUUGAAUUACCAAUCAUAUUUGUUAAAAGGGUCUUCGCUCAUUCAAAUUAUCCAAAAACCAUUCUGAAUAAAUGGUUAAUGAAAAACAAUUUCGAAAAUCCCCGUUUUGAAACUAAACAAAUUGAGAAAAGAUUCCAUUCAAUAUUAUAUUUCCAAGGUAAAUCAUAUGCUACACCAUAUCUGGAAAAUACAAAAAAAAAUGCCGAACAAUCAGCAGCAUUAGUGAUAAUUAUCAAACUUGGCCUAUGUGAUGAUCGCAAAAUAAUCGAUACAUGUAUGAUCAACAAAGCGGAGAAUAAUUCCAUGUCUAUACUCGAGUAUCGACAUCAAGGACGAACAUAUCUAAUCAGACGUUGAACUCAUUAAAUUUUCAUUCUUUGUAUCAUUCAUUCUUUCAAUCAAAUUUUUAAAUUAAUAAAUUA